AUGCGAUGGCUCUGGACGUUCUUCAGUUUGCCGUAUUUGUUGGACGCGAAUGUCUUCAGACCGAACGGUGAUGCGACUGCUUGGCUCUUGUGGAAUCACCCCACAGCAAUCUUCGAUCCUCCAUUUUGUGCUGCAUCUGCCACCUUGUUGAUCAACGACAUCACCAUGAUGGCACAAGAUGUCGUAGCAAUGACAGGCGAUUGCAUGGGUGAACUAUUGUCUCCCCCAGACUGCGCUGCAGAUAUUUCGGGUUUCAUUGCAGAUACAAUGGAUGCAUCAGCAGCAGCCGCAACGAUUUCAAUGGCUUGCGCUGGAGAAAUCACCGAUUGUGAACAAUUGGCUUUCGAUACGGUCGAAAACUUCGCCGGUUUGGCAUCGCAGUUGAUCGGUGCUUCCUCAAAUUGUGACAUCGAUGCCUUUUUGUGCACCAUCAAUGUGGUGGACUCCCUCAAGACGAUCUUCGGUAUCUACACGGACAUCGACUCCGCGACCGUCAGCUGCCCCAAAGUGACCCCGCUGGAGCACUAUCUCCAGCACAAACACCCUGGCUGGCGGGGAUGGGCCUGGAUUUUACCUCGUCUACUACAAGGCAACCUCACUUCGGAAUCAACAUUGGAGACUCCGAAAGAGGGAGAGAAGUCAAAGGUUCAAUCUGUGGGCCUCGUGGAUGAAACGGUCUUAGGACCUAUCAUUGCAGCAGAUGAACCUGGAAUGAUUCGAGUAGGAAGUGCCAUAGCUAUAGGAAGCAACGGAUUGGACAGCGACGGAAGUGCAAAGACGCGACGACUGGAAGUCUCCGAUUUAGAGGCUGUGGUCGUGCCAACUCUGCACGAUGCCAAUGCCGAAGUCUUCUUCUUCAUGAAUUACCCACAGGAUUUGCCGUACCUGUUGGAUGCGAACAUCUACAGACCAAACGGUGAUGCGACUGCUUGGCUCUUGUGGAAUCACCCCACAGCCAUCUUCGAUCCUCCAUAUUGUGCUUCUACUGUCACAUUGAUGAUCAAUGAUAUCGUAUUGAUGGCGCAGAAUGUUGUUUCGAUGACCGGCGAUUGCAUGGGUGACUUACCUUCUCCCUCGGACUGUGCUGCAGAUAUUUCAGAUUUCAUGGCAAACACAUUAGAUGCGGCACAAGCAGCGGCAGCACUGUCGAUGGCUUGCGCGGGAGAAGUCACUGAUUGCGAGCAAGUGACCCUUGAUGCGGCCGAAUGCUUCAGCAGUUUGGCAUCGGAUUUGGUGGGUGCGUCGGUGAAUUGUGACAUCGAUGCCUUUUUGUGCACAAUCAAUUUGGUGGAUGCCAUGAAACAUAUCUUUGGUGCUGCCACGGACAUCGACGCUGCGACGGGCAGCUGCCCAAAAGAAACUGUUCUGGAACAUUAUCUCCAGCUCAAAUAUCCUGAUUGGGCUGGAUGGAGCUGGAUCUUACCUCGCCUACUGAAAGGCAACCUCACGGCGGGAUCUACCUUUUUUACCUCGACUACGGAGACGCCACGGGAGGCCAGUGAUGACGUGGAGGACAAAGAAGAGAUUGUGAGCAGCCGAUACGAAAGUUUUGCUGGAGGAGGAAAGAUUUACAAGGUCUCCAAGGGCUCCGCAUCCAAGAUACGACCUCCAAGCAUUGGCCUGGUGGAUGAAACCAUCGCAGGACCUAUCAUUGCAACAGAUGAGCCUGGAAUGAUUCGAGUAGGAAGUGCUUUGGCUUUAGAAAACACGCAUGGAUUGUUCAACCAAGGUGGAAAUGCGAGGCAACAUCGACGACUGGAAAUCUCGGAUCUGGAGGCCGUCGUUUUACCAACUCUGCACGAUGCCAAUGCUGAAGUCUUCUUCUUCAUGAAUUAUCCACGCGAGGAGAUUUCCAGUGCAAAGCUGCAGACCGCUUACGAGUGA